AGCUACUGCAGAAAAGAGCUCGGGUUUGUGAGGAGAGUGGUUAGGAAGUGCGUGUGCUUGUCACUGAUCCCUGAGUGGGUCCUGUAACCUUUGCCUUCCACUGGGUGGAGUAGAUCCUUUAAGAGCAGCGGAAUGCAGUUUCCCUGAUCAGCUUAGCCAGUUAUUCAGAACUUCUGCUAGCCCUAGAGAGCAGUGCUCACUUCAGACCAACCAGCCUCCUGUGCGUCUUGAGCAAGAAGUUUCCAGCGGGGGGGAGGUAGGUUUCCAUCUGUCCAGCCAUGGGAGAGGACGCUACACAGGCAGAAAAGUUCCAGCACCCGAAUACAGACAUGCUUCAGGAGAAGCCAUCCGGCCCCAGCCCAAUGCCUUCCUCCACACCGAGCCCCAGCCUGAACCUGGGGUCCACGGAGGAGGCCAUCCGAGACAACUCACAGGUGAAUGCUGUCACUGUGCACACGCUCCUGGAGAAAUUGGUCAACAUGCUGGACGCCGUGAGGGAGAACCAGCACAACAUGGAACAGCGGCAGAUCAACCUGGAGGGCUCGGUGAAGGGCAUCCAGAAUGACCUCAGCAAGCUCUCCAAGUACCAGGCCUCCACCAGCAACACAGUGAGCAAACUUCUGGAGAAGUCUCGCAAGGUCAGCGCUCACACGCGGGCUGUCCGGGAGCGCCUGGAGAGGCAGUGUGUACAGGUGAAGAGGCUGGAGAACAACCACGCCCAACUCCUCCGACGCAACCACUUCAAAGUGCUCAUCUUCCAGGAAGAAAGUGAGAUCCCUGCCAGUGUGUUUGUGAAGGAGCCAGUUCCCAGCGCUGCAGAAGGCAAGGAGGAGCUUGCUGAUGAGAACAAGUCCCUGGAGGAAACUCUGCACAACGUGGACCUCUCCUCCGAUGAUGAAUUGCCCCGUGAUGAGGAAGCCCUGGAAGAUAGUGCAGAAGAGAAGAUGGAAGAAAGCAGGGCCGAAAAAAUCAAAAGAACCAGCCUCAAGAAAGUGGAUAGCCUCAAGAAAGCGUUUUCUCGCCAGAAUAUCGAGAAAAAGAUGAACAAGCUGGGAACAAAGAUCGUAUCUGUUGAGAGGAGAGAAAAGAUUAAGAAAUCGCUCACACCCAACCCCCAGAAAGCAUCUUCUGGGAAAAGCUCCCCCUUCAAGGUUUCUCCCCUCUCCUUUGGUCGUAAGAAAGUCCGAGAGGGAGAAAGCUCUGUAGAAAAUGAGACCAAGUUGGAAGACCAGAUGCAGGACGACCGUGAGGAGGGUUCGUUCACAGAGGGUCUUUCUGAAGCAUCCCUCCCCAGCGGCCUGGCGGAGGGCAGCGCAGAAGAUGCUGAGAAGUCCGCACUGAGAGCGAACAGCUCAGGUGUGGGCAGUAACGCGGAUCUGACCAUUAUGGAAGAUGACGAAGAGGAGCCAGUAGCCCUGCAGCAGGCCCAGCAGGUGCGCUAUGAGAGUGGCUACAUGCUCAACUCCGAGGAGAUGGAGGAAUCCAGUGAGAAACCGGUCCAGCCAGCUGUGUUGCAUGUGGAUCAGACUGCCUGAGUGCCCUGCCGGAGCUCUGGGCCAGCUGCCCUCAGCGGCUCGCUUGGGUACAUCCACAUUGUGGGAACCACCCUGCUUCUCUUCAUCUCUACCUGCUCCCUACUGUGACUGUCCAGGCCUUAGUCACUGACCAGACAGUAGCCUCAAACAAACAUGGGAUCACAGAAGCAAACUCCCAGGGAUCCCAUUUCUAAUUUGCUCGUAGGUUCUAUUUCUGUAGAGUUUCUCCAAGAUUGCAAGAAGAAAGAAAUGGAGCAGUUUAAAACAAAACAAAACAAAACAAAACAAAAAAACAACAAAAAACACACACAACUAUCUCUUUGGCUUAGUCAGAAAAACUAGAGGAUAGUUUGGAUAGUAGUUAUAAAAAGUGAUUUUUUUUUUUUUUUGGUCAUUUUACCAGCUUGCUGAAUAGUGUAGCAGUAAUGUAGUGAAUUCUGUGAAUGAUUAUUCUUCAAGUCUGUGAUAUAGAAUAUACAUAAGUCUGUAAGCUGAGAAUAUAACUCUUUGUUUUAAGGAGAAAAUAGUUACAAAAGAUAGAGCAGAAGGAUCAGCUGGUUAUUCUCUGAUAGAAACCAUUGUUUGAUGUAAGGGUGCUGAAAGGCUGUGCUGAUGGCGAGCUACUAGCACCAGGACUGCUGAGAUAGAAAAUUAAGAUGAAAAGAUUGGAAAGUGGGAAAAAUGGAGGGCAAAGGAUGCCAAAAAGGAUGACAGCAAAGAGAAAAAAAACUGACUUUUUAAACCUAUUAUGCUCUUUAACAAUACUAAAGAAGUCCAUAUAUCUUAUCUUCUCAAUAUUUUAUAGUCUAGUAUUAAAUAACAUAACCAGAUAUUCUAGUGUAAAAACUAUAGUUCUUCUUACUAAAUAAAUGGCAGUACACAUCUUUCUGUGAAAAAAGCUCAAAGAAUAUUGUCUCUUUAACAUUGGAACAAAUAUAAGUCUCAAAUAAGUAGUAUGUACUUUUUUUAUGGGAACGUCAAUCAAAUGAUUCUUUAAUAUUUUCCACUUUGAAGUGACCUUUCCAUUCCAAAUAUGAUAUAGGUUUAUGAGGUAUUCAAACUUGCACGUUUAAGAACUGUAAAAUGCUGGGUUUUUAAAUCACAUAAUGGUAAUUUCAUUCCAGGUAACAUUUUAUUUAUACAUUAAUUUCACAGGAUAUUAAUGUUUUAGCUUAUAAAAGCAUGCUAGUGCUUUAUUUCAUGUGUACAUUUGUUCUAACAUGCUAAAAAUUUGCUUUAUCUAUUUUUCAUUACAAAAUGCCAAUGCUUUCUUAUAGUGCAGCCUGAAGAUGGGAGAGCCAGGGCUCAAACUCUCUCCUCUUACUGUGCAGUAGUACAAGUGACCCACACACAGCGGUGACUAGGCUGCAGUCCCAGGCUGCACUCGUGACUUUCAGAGUAGGAGUGAGAUGAAUCCUGAGUGUUGAUGGUGUAACCUAUUCAGCUGUGAGGAACAAAUGAUUUUUAUUUUCAAUUCAUGUAACCCCAAAUACUAAAUUGUUGAACUAACAACGCCUGUGUGAAAGAAGAUUAAAUAAACCAAAAAUAAAAAGUAUAGAACAAUGUCA